AUGUUACGAAGAUCUAUUCAUACCACUAAAGUCCUUAAAAAACCUAAUGCCACUCCGCAUAUUUGGUCAAACUUCACCAUGAGGCCUAGUUCACUUUCUAUUCAAUCUUCCAAAGUGAAAAAUUAUCUUUUCCAGAAGAAGGCUUCUCUAGACCCACCAUCUAUCAGCAGAAGAAGUAACCGUAUCAAGUAUUCACCUCCAGAACAUAUAGAUGAGAUUUUCAAGAUGAGUUAUAAUUUCCUUGAGCAAAGAUCUAGUAAGUUUUAUGAAUUGGCCAAGAAAACAAAGAAUCCCUUGAAGAAGGAUGCACUUCUCAUAAAAGCAGAGAUCAAUAAUCCUGAGGUACAAUAUAACUUCCAGUUUAAUAACAAGUUGGACAAUGUCAAGGAUAUAAUAGACUAUGAUGUGCCAGUAUACAGGCAUUUGGGGAAACAACACUGGGAAUCGUACGGCCAGAUGUUAUUGAUGCAACGGUUGGAGACACUGGCGGCCAUCCCUGAUACGCUUCCAACUCUGGUUCCACGAGCAGAAGUGAACAUUAAAUUUCCCUUCUCUACUGGUGUAAAUAAGUGGAUCGAACCUGGCGAAUUUCUAUCGUCUAAUGUCACAUCCAUGUGUCCUGUUUUCAAGGUUCAAGAAUAUGACCUUGUAGACAUUGGAAGACAAUUGUAUACUGUACUGGUAGUCAAUCCUGAUGUUCCGGAUUUAAGUAACGAUUCAUUCAAGACAGCUUUGUGUUAUGGAUUGGUGAAUAUUAAUUUGACUUACAAUGACAAUUUAAUAGACCCAAGAAAGUUUGAUAGCUCUAAUAUUAUUGCUGAUUAUUUACCUCCGGUGCCUGAAAAGAACGCUGGAAAACAGAGAUUCAUUGUUUGGGUAUUUAGACAACCCUUAACUGAAGAUAGUCAAGGUCCUAACGUGUUAAAGAUUGAUCAAGAGGAACUAACUAGAGAUGAUUUUGAUAUCAGACAAUUUACUACGAAAUAUAAUCUAGACGCUAUUGGCGCACAUAUCUGGAGAAGUGAAUGGGAUGCCAACGUUGCCGCUGUCAGAGAAAAGUAUGGCCUACCAUCUGGAAGAGUCUUCAGCAGAGUUAGAAGGUGA